UUCCAUCUCUGUUAAGAGCAGCAUGAUACGUGUCCUAAACCUACAUAUAAGAAUCAUGAAAAUUUCACCGGUCCUCUUAAAUUUAUUUUUUUUAACCUGCUUUUGUGCAAUCAAAGCAAAAAUAGUAAACAAAAAUGUAGAGAGAUCUUUGGACUUAAGUUCUCAACUCGUUAAGUCAACCAUAAAAAUAACAGCUGAAGAUACCACUGGCAAACCCCUAAAGGAAUAUGUGUUAAUUUUAAAUGAGCCGAAUUUGUCGUAUAUUUCUGUAACAGACGGAUCAAAGAAUGAAAUUCAAGCUCGAAAAUCGAAUGGAGGACUUCAGUAUGUUAUUACUUUUGGAAGCAGUUCAGCGCACCAAAUUAUCCUCGUAGAAACAGUGUCGACGAAAAAUAUAAUGCCAUAUCCCGAAGAAAUAAAACAACAUGAGAUACAGUUUGCAAAAUAUGUGGGAUUGGUCCAUCUUUAUUCAAAUUAUGAAACAUAUUCCCAGAAAACAAUAGUAAAACUUGGCACCAGCAACAUUCUUUCCCAUACUCAAGUUAAACCGUUUUCAACAGCUACUGAUAAGCUUAUAUUUGGACCAUACGAGAAUAUCAAAGCUUUAUCAAAACAGGAGCUAGUUAUUCAUUAUGAAAACCAGACACCCUUCAUGACAGUAAAAAAUUUGGAGCGCACUAUCGAAGUAUCCCACUGGGGAAAUAUUGCAAUACAGGAGUCUAUUCAAUUGGCGCACAGUGGAGCUAAAUUAAAAGGAUCGUUUUCUCGAUACGAUUUUCAGAAAGAUGGUCGUUCUAGCCAGUCUGCAAUCAAAUCAUAUAGAACAAUUUUGCCAUCUUCGGCCUCUGGUGUUUACUAUCGCGAUACUAAUGGAAAUAUUUCAACAUCUAAUAUGAACUCAUUAAACGAUUUUAUUGAUCUGGAAUUAAGACCCAGAUUUCCACUUUUUGGAGGUUGGAAAACGCAAUAUACAAUAGGAUACAAUGUGCCUUCUUACGAAUACAUGUAUAGCAAUGGUAAAAAGUAUCAGCUUAAGAUGCACUUAAUAGAUCACAUUUACGAUAAUAUGGCUAUUGAUAAAGCUGCAAUCAAAAUCGUUCUUCCCGAGGGAGCUGAUAACAUUCAACUUACGACUCCUUACACAAUAAAUCGACGGCAGAAUGAGUUGGUGCAUACCUAUUUGGAUACGGUCGGGCGCCCAGUGAUUUCGUUUUCAAAGUUAAAUUUGGUAGAAAGUCAUAUUGCUGAUUUUACGCUAAAUUAUACCUUUUCAAGAGUGUCUCUGCUACAGGAGCCGUUCUUAGUUUCUGGUUUUAUUUACAUAAUAUUUGUAUUAACUAUUGUAUUGCUGCGUCUAGAUUUUUCUAUUGCAUUGCACUCCCAUAAAGAUUGAAGACUUUAAUUCUACUAUCGCUAUUUGUAUUCAUUAAAAUGAUUAUAAACAUAAA